AUGGCAUUCGCCGGAAUUCUGAGUGACUCUGACAUCACUGCAGCCCUUGCUGCUUGCCAAGCUGCCGACUCCUUCAAGCACAAGGAGUUCUUCGCCAAGGUCGGCCUGGCCGGCAAGUCUGCCGACGUCGUCAAGAAGGCUUUCGCUGUCAUCGACCAGGACAAGAGCGGCUUCAUCGAGGAGGACGAGCUCAAGCUCUUCCUUCAGAACUUCUCUGCUAGUGCCAGAGCUCUGACCGACAAAGAGACCAAGGCCUUCCUGGCGGCAGGUGACACCGAUGGCGACGGCAAGAUCGGAGUUGAUGAGUUUUCUGCUUUGGUCCAGCACUAA